AUGGCUGAAGAGGCGAACAUCGAUCUGAAUACUGUCCCGGCCCUCGAGCCCCCUCCGGGACAGGUCAGCAAUCUUGAGGACCCUUACUCUCUCCGACGCUAUAUGUACAUCACGGCUGGCCUGGGUCUGAGUCUGUCAACGGCCGCUGUUCUCCUGCGGGUGUUCAUAAAAGCCCGAGUGAUGCGACUCAUGCAACUGGAGGAAUACAUUCUGAUACUCUCUCUAAUCGGAUUUUACGUCUUCACAGGACUGAUGAUACAUGCAGUUCACCUGGGACAGGGAAUUCACCAGUGGAACGUAUCCAUAGCCCAUCUACAGAGGGUCAUUGAGCUUUCGAAUAUCAUUGAAAUCAUAUACUGCCCAGUCAUCUUAGGUGCCAAAGUUGCGAUGCUUUUGCAAAUGAGGCGAAUGUUUGUGGUCAACAAAAGGGGGAAGCUGUACUGGUUGCAUGAGAUCCUUCUGUGGACAAACGUCCCAUGCUAUCUUGCCCUGAUGGUGAGCUUUGCUUUUGCCUGCGUCCCCCGCGAAAAGCUCUGGAAUCCUCAGCUGCCGGGACAAUGCGUCUCAUCCACUGGCAUCCUCAUUGCUUCUUCAGCUCUGAAUGUGCUUUCAGAUUUAACCAUGUUGUUGCUCCCUUUGGUGGUGGUUAUGCGGCUUCAGCUUCCUCCCAGGAGUAAACUGAUUCUGAGCGUGGUAUUUGGGACAGGCAUCUUUGCCUGCAUAUCGAGCACAUGCCGACUAGUGUAUGGAGUCUACCUGACACGAACCCAAGAUUUCACCUGGGGAAUUGCUCCGAUUGGAUUAUGGGCAAUUGGCGAGAUUUGUACUGUCAUUCUCUCCGGCGCCAUUCCAAUGUUGCCAGGCUUUGUGAAAUUCAUUCGGGGCCAGGAUAGGUCCCAGUCAUCGUUGCCCAGAUCAGGUUCCAGAUGGCCUCGCCAGAAUAUGUCGGGAUCAAAGGGUCGACCUCUCCCAAGUGAAGAUGGUGGAAAGCAGGACGACUACUAUCUUAUGAAUGCCAAGAGUGAGGCACAUGUCAGUGAAGCAGCUCUAUCAGCUCCAGAUAAGGACAGCAUUCCUUUAGGAAUUAUGAAGACUGUCCAUGUGCAGACGGACUAUAGGAGGGCUGAAUAG